AAGUGAUACAAAUUGUUCCGCAUAAGCAGCAAACGUAUUCACAAUGGUCCAAAUUCCCACUGGGUUGUUUCUUCUCCUUUCUGUCGUUACUGCGACCUCCGCAAUUCCUACAAAGCGCACUGUUGCACAAGUCGAGGCUGACAUUGCCGACAUUGUAACCCAAGUCGACGCACUCGACAGUUCCAUCAAUGCCUUUCCGGCUACUGGCGGAAGUCUGCUCGCGGCACUCGCCAUCCACAGCAGCGCAACUACAUUGAUUAGCACUCUUCAAACCGCGACUACUGACACUACUGCAACUGACGCUUUUAGUGAAGACGACGGCGCUACCAUCCUCGCGUCCGUUGAAGCCUUCGAGCCCACCAUUCUAGAUGCUCUUACUGCUAUCGUUGCGAAAGAGCCUGCCUUUGAAGCUCUUCCUAUUGGUGGAAUCCCUGCUUUGGUACUCCAAGACCUCCAGGGCCUCAACUCCGCGACCGGGGCCUUUUCAGAUGCAUUGAUUGCCAAAUCCCCUGCUGACCUCGUAGACCAAGCUGAUGAGAUCAAAACGACGAUCGGGAAUGGAUUUGACACUGCCAUUGCCGCAUAUUCAAACUGA